GCCUUCCUGCUCGCCUCGAACGAGACGAGCCUGCGCUUCGACUGGGAGCGCGCCCGCGCGAGGGUGCGGAACGCCAGGUUCGAUAUGAAGCAAAAGGUAGACUCCUGGGACGAGUGCCUGGCAAUCAGCUCGGGCGACACCAACUUCUUGACCGAGAUCUUCGUGUGCGGCACAAAGCGGGCCACGCUGAAGGCGCUGACCUCGCUCGUCUGCCACGAGGGGCUCCACAACCUUGCGAUGCGAAGGCGCAGGGGGAACCCCUACCUGUCCGAGGGCACCGAGCACCUGGCCAUGGCCCUCCUGGGCGACCCGCAGCUGGUCGAUGGCGACGAGGAGGCGGCGGCUGCCCGGGGGGCGCCCCAGCGGGAGCUGCCCCAGGACGACGUGGAGCGGCUGGCCGUGAGUCUUGGCGUGGACCCGACGGCGGGGGCAACCGACGUCCUCCGCGACCUGCUGGCGACUCUCCGGUGUUGGUGUUGGUGCCAACUUCUGGGCAUCCGGUCCGCCUCCCCCUCCUAA